UAAAGAGAGAGAACCAUUUCAUAGGGCUUUUGUAAAGUUGUGAUACUAUAGAAUGAUUGCCCAUUGUUUCUGAAUACUACAUGAAUAUUACAACAGCCCACUGUCACCAUAAUGUCAGCAACACAUCCAGUAGAACUGCAUGAAAAUAGCUGCUUCCUCAAUUCUCUCUACACAAGACAGUGAGAAGAGAUAUAGAUCACCCAGCUGUCAGUGGGAAAUUCACUGUUCAUUCAAGCAACAAAAAGGACCUCGUACUUUAAAUAUGAAAAUGAUAUUGACCAGCAUGAUCAUUGCAGCUCUGACAACUGCUCCUCUGGCACAAGGGUUAUCAGAGUGUAAUCUAACUCAACCUAGAUCCCAUAAGUGUUUUGGAAUAUUGGGACAACCACUCAUUUUUUACUUACCUACUAGUCUAAACACAAAGACCAGAUUGGAGAAGAAUACAGAUGUUAUUUUAAAGUUAGCAAAUUACUCCUUACUAAAUAUAAAUGAAAAAUACAGGAGUCGUUCUACAUUCUUCACAAAUGGAACAUUUAUGCUGAGAAGUGCAACAAAAAAUGAUUCUGGAGGGUACAAGAUGGAAAAACACACACCUGAUGGUGUGUUAUUGCACACAAUAAUUGUAGAAUUGGACAUACUAGCCCCUGUGUCAGAACCAGCUGUAUCACAGACGUGUUUGUCACCAGAACAGAUGACAGUGAGCUGCUUCUCUGAAGGAGAUGAAGUAGAGUUCACUUUGUCGUUGCAUGAUAACUCACUGAUACAGACCAGACCCAUGAAAACUGACAAACACAACGUUUUAAACAUUGCCAUCAGCUUACAUGGUCAGAUGAUGGGAAACUUGACAUGUAUUGUUCAAAACAAUGUCAGCAGAGCACAAACAGUCGUCCGCCUUAGAAACUGUACAGAUACAAUUUCUCACCUCUCUGCCUUGAAUGUGGUUGUUGUGGCAAGCAUUUCUAUUCUACUUCUGGAUUUGGCCCUGCUUCUUGGUAUCAAAUAUUUCAAUAGGACAACUAACCCUAUCACCGUUAAUGAAGUUCAUGCUGGUGUAGUCUACUCUGUCAGAGUGAAGCAACACACAAGGAAAACACCAACCACUUCACACCAAAAUGCAAAUUAAUUUUCUAAUGAAACAUGAGAAAAUUAAAUUACAUAUAUUUGCUAUGUCGGUCAUAGUUCUUUGUCAUUUGUCCCACCCUUUUGAGGUCAUGGUGUUUGGGUUUUCUAUUUUUUUAGUAUUGAGUUCUCUUUAUUGUUUAGUUGUAUUUCCGUUUCCCCGUUGUCUUGUCAAGAUGUCUCAUCUCCCCUUCCUGUGUGUCAUUCCAUGUCUCCCCUGUUCAUGUUCAUUAAAUGUUCUCCCCAGCCUGUCAUGUCUCUGUUUCUUGUGGUCUCUCGUCUCCUCUCUCUCGUCUUCCCUGGCUCCCUCUCUCACAUCUGCCUUUCCUCCUGUUUCUAGCUCACGUGUCAGACUAUGUUACUAUGUUUCCUGUUUUAUUUUGAUAGUCUUGUGGUCCAUGUUCACUGUAUUUAGUUUUGCUUCCCCUGUGGCGUCAUGUUAAUUUGCUUCAGCUGUGUUUUCCAUGUGUUUCCACUUCCCUCGUCUCCUCUCUGUGUAUUUAGUGUGUGUUUUCUGUCAUCCAUUGUUAGGUUGUCUGUUGUGUUCACGUUGUGUUUCCUGGCUUCCAUGUUUCCUGUUUUUAAAGGUUUCUACAUUUUGGUUAUCCCAUGUUCAGGUUUUUAUCAUGUUCAUUUGAUGUUCUUUGUCCCUUGAGUUUAGCAUUUAGUUUCUCCCAGUUUAGUUCUAGUUAAGUUUUGCUUUAGUAUCUGCCUGACUUUUGUCAAGUGCUACAUAAUAACCAGUACAUUUACCUUGUUUGUUUUUUA